UGGAGAACAGAGUCGCCUCCGGAUUGGGAGAGAGGGGGGAGAUUUCGAACUGGGUGGGGGGUGAGAGAUGGACAAUGUCAAGGGAAAUCGGCCUCCGGAGCUUCCUGAGUAAGAAAGAGGCUGAUGUGAGAAGGAAGGGGGCAGACCCCCAGCUCCCCUUUCAGAAAUCCUAGUCUAACAGGCUGAGGUUGCUUUGGCACAAAAGAAAGAGCCUUGUUGGGUUUCCCAUGUUUUUUUGGGGGGGUUGCUGUGCUGCUUUUGUGCCCCAAAACUGGAGGGAAGAGGCGCAUUUUCCAUUUCCUGAAGCAUGAAAAAGCACCUUGUCAGUUUCCCUCCUGCUUGGCAAGGGAAAUGGGCCCAUGGAUGGCAGGAUUUGAAAGUGAUCAAGGUCUCAGGAGCCCUUUAAAUAUGUUCAUGGCAAAGACUGGAGGAAUUAAAGAAACGCCCCCUCCCCAGCUGGACUUGGGGGAAAGAGGAGGGGAGGGAUAAGUUUUUGAUGCUCCUUCUUUCCAAAAAGAGGCUUCUCCAGAUAUCCUCUUGGGACUGUAGUGCUUUCUGCAAAGCUUCAUUAAGAGUUUGGGAUUUGAUCCUAGAACUUUACAAACCCCUAAAGACUGAGGCAACUUACUAUUAUAAAGUUCCUGUAGAAAGAAUUACAUCCAGUUCCCUGCCUUUGUAAUUAGAAUUUAUGAGCAUUAGUUUAUGAGUAUUGAUAUUGAAUGAAUGGGUUUAUGUGCAGUCAGUUUGAAACUAACCCAAAAUCCCCAUUUUUCCUCCUCCAAGGGAGCAUUUCUAAAAUGCUCUAACUUGAGCUCUUCAGCCAAAACCCAGCUGUAUAAACAAGUGCUCAAAGCGCUCUCCUUUAUCAGUCUGUGGCAGCCUUGGCUGUUCCAGUGUCUAUCUUAUCUUACGUCCUGACACACUCUGACGCACAGACUUAGUCCGGGAAUGGCGCCAGGAGUUGGUGACCUCUUGCUCCGAAAUAAGAGAUUAGGAACAGGAAGAGGAAAACCCUUUUAUGGUUAAGAGUACUGGAGCAGGAACAUCUGUGAUAUCCAGUGGCUGGAUUCCUGCGGAAGGGGGGGCAGGGUGCCUGGAGGAUAUAUUUACUGCAUGAAAUGUCUUAUUUCUUUGGACUUGCUGUGGACUGACCACGCAAGUGCCUUCUACUAUCCGGAGAGCAGAAUAAACUCUUUCUCUGAAUCAACCUCGGUGUCAUUUGAUUUCCUCCCUCCCUCCCGGGAGCAACACAAACCCCACCAGUCGGUGAAGUCUAAUAAGGCUACAAUAUUUAUAAUUUGUAAAAGAGCUGCUCCCUGCUUUGAAGUGCAUUGUGGCAACAGCGGAGUGCUGGAAGUGGCCCAGUUUCACCUCCUUGUCCUCCAUCUCUCCCACAGGCAGCGCAAUGGCCUCAGAGGCCCUGUUUGGACCAUCCCUUCUUAAAGAUGGAGUGGAAAGAGGAGCCAGGCAGCUUCCUCAGGCCCUCUUGACCUUUGAGGAGGUGGCUGUGUUUUUCACGGAGGAGGAGUGGGCUCUGCUGGAUCCAGGCCAAAGAGCUUUGCACAAGGAAGUCAUGGAGGAGAAUUAUGAGAUGGUGGCCUCUCUAGAAUCAGACCUCAAUUCCUGUUGGGAAGAAAGACAAGGUCCAUUUCUCCAGGAUCCCAAAGAAGGGGAGACAUCAGCAGGUAAUUGGCAGAAGAGUGAGAAUUAUGGUGGGCCACACGUGGUGUCAUUAGAAAAUGUGGAGAGUGAAACAGCGGACGAGAUAUUUGUAAAUCAACAAUCACCCCCAAAGCAUGUAGAAACCAUGUUGAAAAAUGGGGAAAGUACACCUUCCACUACUCAGGACAUUGGUGUUCAUGUGACCUUGAAUUCACACGAGGAAUGCACAGGAAGCAGCAAUGUGGAGUGUGAGCAGAGGUUCAGUCAUAGUGGAAGGCUUAGUUUACAUCAGAGAACCCAAACAAGGGAGAAAGUGUUUCAAUGCAUUGAGUGUGGAAAGAGCUUAAGUAGUGCUGGUAACCUUGUCAAGCAUAAAAAAAUCCAUGCGGGGGAGAGACCCUUUAAAUGCAUGGAAUGUGGAAAGAGCUUCAGCCAGAGCGGAAACCUUAUGGCACAUCAAAGAAUCCACACUGGGGAGAAACCAUAUAAAUGUAUGUUGUGUGGAAGGAGUUUCAGUCUCAAUCACCAUCUUACUUUACAUCUAAGAACCCACACUGGGGAGAGACCUUACAAAUGUAUGGAGUGUGGAAAGAGCUAUUGCCAGAGUGGACACCUUGCUGCACAUAAAAUAAUGCACACGUGGGCAAAACAGUUUAAAUGCAUGGAGUGUGACAAGAGUUUUCUCAGAAAAUUUGACCUUACUGUGCAUCACAGAACCCACACAGGAGUGAAACCUUACAAAUGUAUGGAGUGUGGAAAGAGCUUUUGCCAGAGUGGACACCUUGCUGCACAUGAAAGAAUGCACACGUGGGCAGAACAGUUUAAAUGCAUGGUGUGCGGCAAGGGUUUUGUCAGAAAAUUUGACCUUACUGUGCAUCAGAGAACCCACACAGGAGUGAAACCUUACAAAUGUAUGGAGUGUGGAAAGAGCUUUUCCCAGAGAGGACACCUUGCUUCACAUCGAAGAAUCCAUACAGGGGAGAAACCCUUUAAAUGUUUGGAGUGUGGAAAGAACUUUCACAGGAACUGUGACCUUACUGCACAUCGGAGAACCCACACAGGAGUGAAACCUUACAAAUGUAUGGAGUGUGGAAAGAGCUUUAGCCAGAGUGGAAACCUUAAUGCACAUCAAAGAACCCACACAGAAAAACCCACCCUUUAAAUGUUUGGAGUGUGGAAACAGCUUUAGUCACAAUUACCACCUUACUUUAAAUAAAAGAACCGACGUCUAGGAGAAACCGUAUCAAUGUACAGCGUGUGGAGAAAGCUUUGGAGGGAGUGAUGGCCUGACUGUGCAUCUGGGAAACCACGCCGUGGGUAAACCCUCUAUAAGUGAAUGUGAAAAAAGCUGCAGUAGGAGCAGCAAAUGUAUUUCAUGUAAGGGAAUUAUUUGCUGUCCCCCCCCUUAAAUUGAGGGUUAAUUGGAUACUGUUGGAGCUCCUUGGCCUGGGGUGGGAGCUCCAAGUUUGAAUCCAAAGGAAGUAAAAUUGGGUAGGAGAGGCAGGCGGUUUGAUGCUCACCACCCAGCCAAGGCACGUGGCCCCAAUCCACAGGUCGUUCGCCUCCAUCAUCAAAUUCUUUCAGUCUGGGGACCUGACCUGAUUUGAGUGAUUUGCCUAAAAUCUUUUGUGUGUUGAUGCCUGAAAAAUUUGGGGCUCAUUUUAGAGCAAGUCCCUGAACCUGAGUUCCUUCGCUGGGUUCCCCCGUCAGAGUGAAAAGUAAAAUGGAAGGCAACCAAAAUCCGAAGCAAAUUGGACCAUUAAGCCUUUGAUUGUUUAUUUGUCAUGACAAAUAUCCAGCCUCUAUAAAAGCAAAGGAAGGAGAACCUCGUGACAAAGGGUGUCCUGCCUUUUAAAGGUUUACAGUUCCUGCGAAACAGCAAGAAAUCCCACCACACAAACGUCAGUGAUAGGUAGGUAAAUGUCAAAGAGGCAUCACGGAAUUAGGAGGGGUUGCAAUAUGUCAAUCAGAACAUUUGGGAAUGGCGGGUCUUGCACCUUUCCUGGCAGAAUUUACACGAAGCAUUGUUACUGCAAGCUGCAUUGGGAUGGCAACAAGAGCAACCCGUGUUCUAUUCAUGGGACAGACGCAUGCAGACAUUUGCCAUUAUAUCUCAUCCAUCGCCUCCAUCCAGAGGGAGAAACUUUGUCCUGGGAGUCUUCCCCCUGCAUGACUCUGCGCUUCGGGGAUUAUGAUGAGAGAGUGACUUCCCACAACGCAGGAGUGUCCGUGUGAUUCUAGAAGUCUGUUACAAAGAAUAAAUAAUUUACAAACCCUUUUA